CUACACCAAUGGGGGUGCGAGGUGCUUCAGAAAAGCAAGGAUACAAUAGUUUGUCUCUAAUCGUUUUCCGUAGUCCUUCGCUUCACAGUUUUAGAGACGCUCUAAUAAUGUAAAACUCAACGACUGAAUCAUCAUUAUGGCAGAUUAACGACGCGUACACACGCUAAAUGUACACAUUAGCCACAAUAAGCGUGGUUUUUGGUUAACUGAAAGCCAACCAGGAAAGUACAUUAGUAUUUCGUUGCCAUGACAACACACGCUAAGGUGAUUCCUGGAGGUGAACAGCCUGCAUCUAUCCCAAGAAGGCGACAGCAGCAGACGCUAGCGCCACAGGCCAGAGAAAUGGCCUCCAAACACAUGAGAGCCAACGGCACUGAGAGGAAGGUGCCUCACAGUCGCAUGGAGGAAGAAACUAGCCUUAAGAAAAUAUACACUUUUGGACGGAAAUUGGGGCAAGGCAGCUUUGGGGUCGUGUUUGAAGCCACCCAUGUGGACACCCAUAAGAAAUGGGCUAUAAAGAAGGUGAACCGAGAGAAGGCAGGGAGCCAUGGAGUCAUCCUGUUGGAAAGGGAAGUACACAUACUGAAACAUGUGAACCAUCCUCACAUCAUACAACUGAAAGAAGUCUUUGAAACACCAAAGAAUAUGUACCUAGUGACUGAGCUGUGUGAUGGGGGAGAUCUAAAGGAGUUGCUACAGAAGAAGAGCUGCUUCACAGAGGAGGAGAGCCGACACAUCAUCACUAACUUAGCCCAGGCCAUUGUGUACUUACACAAGAAAGACAUUGUGCAUCGGGAUUUAAAACUGGAGAACAUUCUCCUGAAAGGUUCUUACCAAGGAGACAAACAUGGGCUCAACAUCAAGGUGACAGACUUUGGAUUGUCUGUGAAGAAAGGUGGGGUGGGGAGAGAGAACAUGAUGAAGGCUACCUGCGGCACUCCCAUCUAUAUGGCUCCUGAGGUGAUCACUGGUCAUGAGUACAGUCAACAGUGUGACGUGUGGAGCAUUGGAGUGAUCAUGUACAUGUUGAUAUGUGGAGAGGCUCCCUUCAUCUCCAGCUCAGAAGAGAAACUGUUUGAGAAGAUCAAGAGGGGAGAGCUGACGUUCUCUGGUUCAGUUUGGGACACCAUUGGCGAUGCAGCAAAAACGGUACUGGGCUGCCUCCUGAAGGUUGAUCCAGCCCAUCGCAUCACCGCCAAUGAGCUAGUGGACAACCCCUGGAUUACGGGGGACACCAGCAACCCGGCCACGCCUACCAAUGUUCUGGAGAUGAUGCGUCUGUUCCGGGAUGACCCCGAUGAGGGCGAGGAGCAGGAGGGCAGCGAGUCCUCCCUGUCUCAGUCACUAGAGGAGUUCUCCCUCCGGACCCCCAGCAACAACAGCCUCCAGGAAUACAUUGACGAGCUUUCUCCUUACCAUAGGGAGCUGGAGGAGACUUUGGAAACCUCUAUCAGGGUGGAAACAAACAGAGCGGACAUGGUGAACACCAGCACGCUCAGCCAGCCCACAGCACAAGAGAACCACCUGAACGCUGAUACAGGUGCUAAAGCAGCCAGUCGGCCAAGUGCAAAGCAGAGCAGCCUGAAGGAGAACAGCGAGAAGGGCCCUCACGCCUUCUUGGCCAGCUGCGGCCUCAAACAGACUCCUAAAGUGGGAAAGGCGGAAGCUAACCUACCCUCCACCUCCAGCAGUAAGCCCGCCAACUGCUCCCUCAGACCGCCCGUUUGCCCGAAGAAUAAGAAGAGCUAGGCCCAACAGCAGAAGCAACGUGCCCAGAUUCAACCUGGGGCCCGGUGCCAAAGUACUCGGGGGGGGGGGGGGGG